AGCAUGGAGAAACAUUGUGUAAAGCAUUCUGUGUAUCUCCGAGAGGAAGACGCAUUCAGAGAUUUACAGUAAAUAGGUCUAACCAGCAGAUAGAGACAGGUAACUCUGCUAGCUGUAGUGGGGCAUCAGUAAUCCAGGUAUAUUAGAGUCUAGUACAGGAGUUGGACAUAGUUGCUGUACAUAUCCGGAGUGUGUUCCUUCAAGACUGAACAGCGUUUCUCACUAUCUGUUUAUGAACAAAGAUGGCUACCUUCGCCAACCACUCAACAAAUGAGAGCAGCGGGCACAGCUGGCGCUGUCAAUUCAAGGAGGACUUCAAGUACAUCCUGCUUCCUGUCAGCUACACUCUGGUCUUCGUGAUUGGCCUAGCCCUGAAUGUCACGGCCAUGUACGUGAUCCUGUUCCGUACAAAACGCUGGAAGCCCUCCACGGUGUACAUGUUCAACCUGACAGUGUGCGACACCCUCUACAUCCUCACCCUACCCUUCCUAAUCUACUACUACGCCGACGAGAACGACUGGCCCUUCAGCGAACCGUUCUGCAAACUCAUCCGCUUCCUGUUCUACGCUAACCUCUACGGUUCCAUCCUGUUCCUGUGCUGCAUCAGCCUACACCGCUUCCUGGGUGUGUGCUACCCGAUGAGGUCACUGAGCUGGGUCAGCUCCCGGAGAGCCCGGCUGGUGUCUGCGGCGGUGUGGGCGUGUGUGUUGAUGUGCCAGGCUCCCGUGCUCUACUUCUCACGCACCAGGGACGAGGGGACAGAGAGGGUGUGUUUCGACACGUCCAGUCCAGAGUUAUUUCAUGACUUCCUGGUGUACAGCUCGGUGGUGUCUAUCCUGAUGUUUGCCUUCCCUUUCAUGGUGGUGAUGGUGUGCUAUGGACUGAUGGUGAGGAAGCUUCUGGAGCCCACCUGGGGGGCAGGAGGGAGCCAGUCGAGGGGAGUCGGGGGGCUCGCUGCUCAUCGCUCCAAACACAAGUCUGUGAAGAUGAUAAUCAUCGUGUUAGCAGUGUUCAUGCUGUGUUUCCUACCCUUCCACCUGACCAGAAGUCUGUACUACUCCCUCAGAUACCUGGAGCAAAUGGAUCCCUCCCAGGUGAGCUGUGAGCUGCUGAGGGUGUCCAGCAUGGCCUAUAAGGUAACACGCCCCCUGGCCAGCGCCAACAGCUGUGUGGAUCCCAUCCUCUACUUCAUGGCUGGACAGGGUUUCCGCAGCAACUUCACUAACAGAAGCAGGGCAUCACAAAUGAAACCAGGAAGCGUGACGGGGCACUCUCAACGCAGCUCUGACCGACAGGAAGAUCAAUCUAUUAUCUGA